GGUUUCCUCCCACAUUCCAAAAACAUGCUAGGUUAAUUGGCGACUCCAAAUUGUCCAUAGGUAUGAAUGUGAGUGUGAAUGGUUGUUUGUCUAUAUGUCCCCUGUGAUUGGCUGGCAACCAGUCCAGGGUGUACCCCGCCUCUCGCCCAAAGACAGCUGGGAUAGGCUCCAGCACCCCCACGUCCCUUGUGGGGAAAGAGCGGUAGAAAACGAAUGAAUGAGUGAAUGAAUAGCAAAAUAAUUCGGUACCUCGUGAUGACCACUAGGUGGCACUUUUGACGUGUUUCUUUUUCAAUAUUUCCAGGAGGCUUAUGGGAAUGUUGCUCCAGGUGGUCAAGAUGGCGUCAUGGAGGGCAUCCACUGUCUGAAACUAAUGUAUGUUUUUGUAAACGUCCCUUACCAUCCAUUUUCAUUUUGAUUUAGGUCAGGGGAACACGUUAUUCCUCUGGAAGAAGUCCUCGUCACAAGGGCAUGUUACCUCCUGUAACAUCUCCACAUAUCCAUCUGCCGUUUGACGCCCCUGCACAACCUAAAGCUCUAUUGUUCCGUUCAAGGAAAAAGCACCACGAUCAUGAUGGUGCCCCCUCCACUGUGCUGUGUGGAAAACACCUCAGAUGGGAUCUGUUUUGCCGGUAGUGUUGGAAGCCAUCAGAAUGUUGAGGUUAAAAUUUGCUUUUAUCAGAAAAAAAAAUUCUUUCCACCUUUCAAUGUAUCAUGUUUGGUGCUCUCCUGACCCAACAACACAGGCCCAGUGACAUAUUUUGGGUUUACCACUUGACUUUAUUCCAUAACUUCUCGAUCUUUGAGAAGCUUCAAAUGCAUCUAACCUCAGCAAUGCUGAAGAAACCUUGCUUAUGCAGCUCAAAAGUUUGACAACAUUUAAAUAACAAAAGCCUUUUUGCUUUUGCCAUUCAUAGAUCAUGGCAGUGUAAAUAUACCUGACAGUAAAUUAGACAGUAUUCAUAUUUUUGCCCAGAUUUUGACUUUAAAGGCUAUGGUCAUAAACGUUUGAUCAGCUGACGGACAGCCUAUUUCACUUUAAUUGCUUGCAGUAAAUAAUUAUCUCUUUUUGGAAUUGUGUCAACAUCUCCCACGCCCAUACGGCGUCCCUGCACAGGAUAAACUACAGUUUUCACACUCUGCACAAAGCAUAAACGUCAAAGCGCAGUAAACAGCUCCACCCACUGACCGAUAGCAAUACCCAACCUCCAUACUGUUCCAUAAAUCCCGCCUUGAGUUGAAACUUUCGCGGCGUCCGCAAAGAGACGUUUGUUAUUAGUACAACAAAAGCCAAACGGGUGGAGCUCCCUGCUUUUAAUCAGCAAUCCACGUUUUACACCCUACCGGCAGUAUACGGUAUACGAAACGAGCAAACACUCAUGACGUCAAGUGGAUUUGCGGAAGUCUGAACCGGGACUAGUUGGUUUCGUAAGAUAGUUAAAGAUUAUUUUAGAAUUUGUAAUAUAACAACACCCUACAUUCAAGGCGAGUCGUGGUAUUUAAUAUCAGAUCUAUUAAUGGCGAUCAUUUGCGUUAACACGGUGAGUACUGUCAAUGGCGAUAGAUCAAAUAAGAUAAUAUGGUGUAACUUUCAAUGACAAUAAACAUGUACAGACUUAUUCCGCGCACAGACAAAUGAAGCCGAUAACACAACUUUGCUUACUCUUAAGUGACGUAAAGUGUGUUUUUAAUGGAGAAAAACGACGAGGAAGAUAACACCAGCGAGGAAGAUGGCGCAAACAACCUGAGUUUAGGAGCUUGCAGGUCGAAGGAAGAACAUGGUGGAACGACACCACCAACAUUAAAGACUACAUCCAGACGUGAAGCACCUGACAUUUUAGAUAAUGACUGGGUGGAAUCAGGGACAACCACUGAAGAACAGAGCCAUAGAGAUGAGAGGGAUGAUGGCUCUGUGUCCCCUUCCAGCUUCAUGGACAUCUGUAAUCCAUUCAUAUCCAGCCUUUCCUCCUCAAGUACCCCCAUCCAUCAUGAUGCUGGUGUUUCCUCCUCAUCCUCUUCUUCUGUGAUGUGUCUGACACCAACUUUACCCCCCACUGCGGAGCUCUCAGCUGUGUUGACAGAUACUAGGCUGACACUGGAUGUUUACCGAAGUGGGGCAUCUGUACUGCCACGGCUAUGGGGCUCCAUUCCGGAUCACCUUAGAGGGAUACAGUACUUGAAACUUGGCUCUGAGGAUAAAACUGCAUUGGAUGGUGCACUUGAUGUCCUCCCACAUUUGAAAGAUCUCCGCUCACUAGCCAUUCGAGGUCAUCGUUUUUAUGACUCACAAGGAACCCCCUUGAUGGGCCUGCUCACCUCUCUACCCACAUCCCUCUCUUCACUCUCUCUUCUGGUCCAUGUGGAUCUGUCCUUCAACCAGCUCUCCAUAUUUCCAUCGUGUCUUCUCAGCUUACCUGUGCUGUCUGCUUUGCUCCUGUGUUACAACUGUUUGUUAGAGCUGCCCCCUGAUAUUGGCCAUUUGUCCACUCUCACCUACCUCUCCCUUUCUGUGAACAAGCUGGUUUCCCUCCCUGCUAGUUUAGGUGAUCUGAAAAAGCUACAGUCACUGGAUGUUUCACAUAACCUCCUCAAGGAGCUGCCAAAUGAAAUUGGUUCUUUGGGAGGGCUCGUUACUGUGGAACUGUCCCACAACAAGCUGAAGUGGCUACCGGAGACAAUGGGUUGUCUCCACUCCCUGAGGGAACUUAUCAUCUUCAGUAAUGAACUUCGCUUAAUUCCGCCUUGCCUGAAUAAACUGCCUCUGCUGAAAAUGGAUGUUCGUGACAAUCCUUUGGGGCGACCGCCAACUCCUCCACCUCUUCUCCCCAUACGUGAUGCAACAGCAAAUAUUACAGAUUUGCAUCUUCUGUUUAACCAGCACAGGGGGGGCGGAGCUGCUGUUCCCCCCGGGGUGCCUGCAUAAACCCACAACACUGGAGUGGGUCGAGAGGAAAGCACAAAAAAAGUGGGUGCUGCUCGAGGAGCAUGAUAUCCUCCUCAGCCGUCCACUAGAACUUCGUCCUCAUGGGAUUACAUUUCUUAAGCCCGUGGAGGUGUGUGUGCCACACCACCGCAAAAAAGGGAGGGAGGUGGUUGUGAGGAAGUAUGAUGGAAAAACCUGGAGCACUUUGCCCACUGUCCUCAAGAAAGGAAAUGAGAGUAUUCAGCCCUAUGGACGUCCAGCCAGG